AUGGGUGUUCCGAAAUUUUAUCGAUGGAUUAGCGAGCGUUACCCGUGCUUGAGUGAAGUGAUUCACGAUGAACAGAUUCCGGAAUUUGAUAAUUUAUAUUUGGAUAUGAAUGGUAUAAUACAUGGUUGUUCUCAUCCGGACGAUGAAGAUGUUUCCUUUCGAAUUUCCGAAAUGGAAAUAUUUCGUGAUAUUUUCAGUUACAUUGAUUUUCUUUUUGGCAUAAUUAAGCCGAAAAAAGUAUUUUUCAUGGCUAUCGAUGGUGUUGCACCACGUGCUAAGAUGAACCAACAAAGAGCACGACGUUUUAUGUCCGCGAAAAAUACACGAGAAGCUUUAAAUAAGGCAAGGAAAAAUGGAGUUCAAAUUCCAGAUGAAAAGCCAUUUGAUUCAAAUUGCAUUACCCCAGGUACGCAGUUUAUGGCUCGUCUCCAUGAACAAUUACAAUGUUUUGUGCAAAUGAAAAUUACUACGGAUAGUUGUUGGCAAGGAUUACGGAUAUAUCUUUCUGGCCACGAUUGUCCCGGAGAAGGUGAACAUAAAAUAAUGGAUUUUAUACGUAGUGAAAGAAGUCGUUCUGAUUACGACGCUAACACAAGACAUUGUCUUUAUGGUCUUGACGCAGAUUUGAUAAUGCUGGGAAUAUGUUCACACGAACCUCAUUUUUCUUUACUGCGGGAAGAAGUGAAAUUUGGACGGCAAAGGAAUCGUAACGGAAAGCAUAGAACAAGAGUGGAUGAAAUAACAUUUCAUUUAUUGCAUCUUUCUUUGCUUCGAGAAUACCUUUCAUGGGAAUUUCACUCACUAAAGGAAAAAUUGCCAUUUGAUUAUAAUUUGGAGUCAGUGAUUGAUGAUUGGGUCCUUAUGGGUUUUCUUGUUGGUAAUGAUUUUAUACCUCACGUCCCUCAUGUUCAUAUACAUGAGGAUUCUUUACCGCUUCUUUAUGCUACGUAUAAUGAAGUAUUACCUCAGCUGGACGGUUAUAUCAAUGAAGCGGGUGUUUUAAAUUUGAAGCGUUUCGAAAUUUUCCUAAAAAAUUUUGCAAAAAAUGAUAGGAAGAAAUUUAUCGAAGAAAUGGAUGAUGAAGCAUAUCUCAGUUCGAAAAGAAUAUCGAAUCCUUGGAGAGAUAGUACUUGUAUUUCACGUAAUGAUCAGCAAAACUGUGAUGAAGAUUUGCAGCUGUUCGAUCUUUCAGAAGUUGAAGAAGUUGAAAUUACCAAGAAUGAUUUUCAUAAAGGAGCAUUCGAUUCGGACAAUAAUGCUUCUGAUGAAUGUGAAAAAGUUGUUAGUCCAAGGAUUUUAACCGCUACUGAAGCAUUGUCUCAUGGGUAUUUUGGUCUGGACAAAGAUUCAGAUAACGACCUGCCACCUGUUCCAUUGGAUGACGAAAACUAUGAAAAUGAUUGUGAUUUAUCUUGGACUCCAGUAGUCAGCCGGGCCUUCAAAAAUCACAAGCGUGACUAUUAUAACGAUAAGAUGAACUAUGACAACAUAAGUAAAGAAGAACUACGUGAGCAAGCGGAAGGAUACAUUCGUGCAAUUCAGUGGACUUUACACUACUACUAUCAUGGAUGUUGUAGUUGGAGCUGGUUUUAUCCGCACCAUUAUGCUCCUUACAUAUCGGACGUUUCUGAUUUCGCUGAAAUGGAAAUGAAUUUUGAUUUAAAUGAGCCAUUAAAGCCAUUUGAGCAGUUAUUGGCGGUGUUACCUGCAGCUAGUGCCGACUGUUUGCCACCGCCUUAUCGUGAGCUUAUGAGUGAUCCAAGAAGUCCAAUUAUUGACUUUUAUCCGGAACAAUUCGAAACUGAUUUGAAUGGCAAGAAGAAUGAUUGGGAAGCGGUUGUUCUUAUACCAUUUAUUAAGGAAGAUCGCCUUCUACAGGCUGUGGCUAUCAAAAACCCUUUAUUAACUGAUGAGGAACGACAAAGGAACAUACACGGUUCUCAUCUGCUGUUUAGUUAUAACCCGUCAUCAACACAUAUUUUGAAAUCUACGUUUCCCGGCACUUUUCCAGAUAUUCAGGAAUGCACUGCAAAAGUAGAAAAAAUAGAAAUGAAUCAGUUUCGCAUACCACGCAAUCAAAUAGUCCACGGCCUGUUACCUGAUGUUAAGCUGGAUGUUGUAUUUCCUGGCUUUCCUACAAUGAGACACAUACCUCAUAUUGCUGAGCUUCAAUUUGCGGGCAUCAGAGUCUUUCAACAGCCAUCUAAAAAACAAUCGAUGAUUCUUAAAAUUACAAACAGACCGGAACUCGAUAAGGACAUGUUGGAAAUAGCAUUUGAUUUAGUUGGAAAAGAAGUACAUGUGAAUUGGCCUGUGCUUCAGAAGGCUUUAGUACAGGAGUUAUGGACUGCUGAUAAAAAAUACAGCAAGACUACUGACAACGAAGUUAUUUGCUACAAUCUUACGAAAGAAGAACAAAAUGUAUAUAGUAGUUAUGUCAGUAUGACUCAAAGAAAUGAGUUGGAAAGGAAAGGUAUUGAUGCUGGUGAACAAAAAGGUUUGGCUUUAGUUCGAGUAGCUCAAGGAUCGCGGAAAUGUUUCGAAGAACAAAAAGUGGUAAUUAAGCGGUCGUAUCCUGAUACCGAUAAUACAGUUCCUGUAUCACUUUCCCUUGUAAUACAGAACGUACUGGAAGAUUGGGAUUCUGUUUGUUCCUUCGAGGAUGUAUAUCCAAUUAAUGCCCAGGUUUUUAUUUCUUCCGCUGAAAGUAAAUAUUAUGGUUUUUGUGCAUUUAUCAAGGAAAAUCAUCUGGCAACAAAAGGGACACUUACUGUUUCGUGUAAAAUUCCAUCAACAGCGGAUGUGAACUUCUACGAUAUUGUAGCAAAUUAUGAUAAUUAUGCCUUGAAAUGGUACAACGUAUACGAAAUAGCAAGACUCUUGCAUACAAAUGUUGACGUUGUUAGUCGUAUCACUGGUUGUGUUUAUGUCGUACUAAAUGAAUCUGAGUCGAUUUCAUCACGAAGUGCUCCGCUGAAUAGGGUCAAUAUUGGCCUUGAAUUGAAAUUCACAAAAAGGAACCAAAUUGUACCAGAUUUCACACGCCGUUCGUCUGAGGGACAUUUUUUAUAUUCGUCAAGAGCAUUCGAUAUAAUUCGGAAUUACAAAUUGAAGUAUCCGGGAGUAUUCAGAUAUCUUGAAAAAUUGGAUAACUUUCAAGGAGAUAUUCUUAUCAAGCAGAUAUUUCCGGAAUUUAAAGAAGAAGAAUUAAAUGCAAAACUUGAUGAACUGAAAAAAUUUUUACUCACUAUUGCGCCAAAGGAUGCUCUAGAAUCAGCUGAUGGUAUUUUUGUGGACUCCGGCGUUUUGAAAGAGCUCGAAAAAAGGACAAAGAUCAUUAUGUCCAAAAACGCAUCAAAACUAAUUUGCAAGCGACUUGCAGUAAAGCCCCGUGCAAUUUUUAGGACGGAACUGUGCAAAGGAGAUAUUAUACCAGAUCCAAAAGCUGAAUUUCGCUUACUAGAUCGAGUUAUUUGUGUCAAAAAACUCCGUACAGCGCCAUUCGGUGAAUUUGGUACUGUUAUUGGUUUACUUAAUACAGCAUCGGGGAAGAAAAUCGAUGUAUUGUUUGAUAAACCGUAUUUUGGGGGCCAGAUUAUGCGAAGUGGCAGAGCAAGCGGAGCUCGAUUGCCGAUAUCUUCACUGAUUAACAUAACACAUGGGAAACGAUUUCGAAACGAAAUUCCAGUAGUUGAGCAUAUUUUAAGUCCAGUUACACCUAAUCGUGAAUCAGUGAAUUUCUCACAUAACAUCUACCCCAAUAAAGGAUAUUCAUGUGGUGGAUUUCACCAGCAAGUUCCAUGUGAAGCUUUUGGAACUGUCCCCAGAAAUAGAAUAUCCUUACUAGAAACUCAAUUAUGCGAAACAUCUGCUGCAAGAAAUGAGUGGAAACCAAACAACCCUCAAGCGUCAAAUCCAAAUGGUUCACUAUGCGGUGGUGAUUCUGGAUUUGAGAUUGAACAACAAUCUUCAACUAUUAUUAUGCAUAGUGCCGAGGCAACAGAAGGCAAGGAUAGAGCAGUGUUGAGUAGGAAAUGGAAACCAAAAGCUCGACCUCCACGUACAUUUAUGAGUAAUUCAUUGGCUUCCGAACCUCAGGAUUCAGAAGGAGAGAGAAAAGCAUUUGGAUGUAAACCGAGCACAAAUAUAGUUCGACAUUCAGGAAAAAUGAGAGAUGGAACGAACUUUAGAAAAUUAAGAGAUGGCAACAAAGUAGCAAAAAGCGACAGUAUUAGCGAAAUUUCUUCGUGCAGUGGUUUUAGCCCACAUCAGGAAUAUUUUUCCCCAUGUGGAUUGCAGUCUAGAGGACAAAGCUCAGCUUUUAACAGUUCUGCACUCAACAGGUUAUUCCAAAAUCACGACAAAACUUGGAAGUCGCCGAAGCAAUCGGAAUUCAAUAUUAACAGAAGUGCAGGUUACGGAGAGGCUGGACUGAGUGAUACCCGCAAUGUCAUUUUUAAACAACUUGGUUUUGAUAAAAAUGUCGGCAGUCAGCGUACUGGAGAUAUGGCAGUUCGUGAUGGUGGUGGAGAAAUGAAAAAUCCCAAACCGCGUCAUGGAUAUGCGCGAACGUGGUUUGAAUGUCAGUCUACGAAAUCCAAGGAUUAUCUUCCAUGUUCCUUUGAAGGAAGUUGUAAAAAGCAAUCUAGUUCUAAAUCCACUGGGAUUCAGAAACGAAUGUUAUUGGAGAAAAAAACCGACAUGACUGCAUCUUCUGUGCCAAUCACUUUACUUAAGAAAGACAUUUCGCGGGAUGCGAAAGAUAUAAUGUCAGCUGCUACCGAAAAAAUGAAAUCGGGGAAUGAAAGGCAAAAAACGAUGAAAUUCCGGAAAAGUGGUACUAUUGACGAGCUAAUGGAACAGCUCAGUAAACAACGAUUAAAUACGUCAGGAGAAUCAGGAGAAUCAAGUAAUAUGGAUGGACUGCUUGCAGCACGUUCGUCACCCAAAUCGAUCUCAAAGGGAAAAGUUCCAUCACGAAGAUCUGAACAGAUGAAUUAUGUACAAAAACACGAUACUCCUAUUAUUUCUCCCAUGGUUAUUGCAAAGUCAGCUACGCGAGAUGAUAUGAAGGAAGCAACUAAACUUGAAAACUGUGCCGAACUGAAUUCGUGUGAUAAGAAUUAUUCUGUUGUAAGUGCACCGAAUUGUGCGUCGAAUUCUACAUUACCUUCGGAUAUUUCUAGAACGAACAGAAGAAGACCUCGAAAAUCUCGUGUAGUUGCAAAUUUGGGAUAUGAUGGUAGGGAAUUACGAGGAGAAUAA